UCUCAUCCACAUUCUGGCCUGGGCUGAUUUCAAACUGCUAUCCUUAGAUAUCGGCCUCCUGAGUAGCUAGGAUUACAGGCCUGAGCAACCAGUGCCCAGCCUGUUGCUAGCUUUAUAAACCCAUUUUGUCAUUCCUUCAUUUCUGAAAUGUGCUAUAUGCCUUUGGAAGUAAAAAUGGAGCAUCCCAGGUCUAUUUCAAGCCCAAUUGGCAGAGAAUUACUCAGGAUUGUCAGGCACCCAUGGCAACCCUUGUCAGCCAGCCUACAAGUCAAUACCUCUCUAUGCCCAUUUAUUAGGGGCAAGCUUUGGAUCUGCUGGUGCAUCGCUAAGGCAAAAGCUAGCUUGUCCUGAUCCUGGAAUGGCUCUGGCAACCUGGGAUCAUGUAGACUCUCCAGUCUGAUCUGCUCUGUCUUCUAAGCCAACUAUUUGUCUUCCUCCAGUUGUGACCUUAUGUUAUUCCAAGAAUGAGUUCCUUUCUGAGCCCUUUUCCUUCUGGACACUGCCCUGUUAAUGGGCCUGGGGCUAUAGGUGGGGUUGACAUAUGCCAAGCUGGGCCCUGGAUAGAGGGAGACACCAAUCUUGAAGCUAAGAAUGAAUGUCAGCCCAUCCAAGGAGGUCCUUUGGCCAUGUUCAGCCUAACCUAGCAUCCUCUGCCCCUUGGGAGCUCAUUAGAUGGGGAGGGAAUAAUCCAAAGACUAGAGGGUCAAAAAUACUUGAGGGCAGCUGUCAAGUAAUCCCUGAGCCUUACAUAAUGCCAGGCUAGACAUGAGGGAUGUGGUGGCCUCCCCCUCCCCCGCCCUGGCCCCUCACUGCUUUCCUCACAAUGGGGCUCAUUGCUGAGGUGGCAGAUGGCAUCCUAGGGGAGGGCGAGGCAGGGAGCCUGCCUACCAGACACCUUCGGGGAGCCUUAAGCAUGAGCCAUACCACCUGGGCUCCGCCACUCUCAGUGCGCUCUUAGCUCUACCUGCCUGGCGUAGGGUCCUGGAGAACUUCUUGGAGCUCCUCCAGCAUCCAUCAUGCAAGGUGGUGCUGGGGACUGUCCUCUUGCUAGGAGGCGGAGGCCUCAUGCUGUGGGCGCAGAGGAAGAGGAAGAGGAAGACAGUGCUUGAGCCUGCCCAAGAUGGGUACUCAGACUACCACAACCCCAAUGAGAGCUGGAUCAAAUCUCACUUUAGCCGACUAUCUGAAGAGAAGCUGCGCCCUGACUGUUGUGGCCCUACUAGUGCUGGCAACACCUCUCUUCAGCCUGAGAGUGGGUGUGGGGAGGCCAGCACCAAUAUUCGCAUGGAGACCUUCACUUCGAGGCACGGAGAGGGCAACCCAACACUGCACCGCGACUCCUUCCACGGCAAGCAGAAGUUAUGUGGGCCCUUGGUGACCAAAGAGAUCCGCAAGGAGUCAGUGGGGACCUCAUCCACCGAUGAGGCCACAUGGGCCGCCGUGGCUGCUUGUGCCAAGGAGAUCGACGCCAAGGGGCACCACCUAGCUAACUCCAUGCUGCAGCGAGCCGGCAACCAGCACUCAAGCCACAUUGAGACCAGAAACAUCAACCCAGAGGAGCUGAAGGCUCUGGAGGAGGUGGAGAUAAAGCUGAAAGGGGACUUCCUCACUCAGAGGGAAUCCAGCUUAGCCGGUGUCAACCAUACACAUACCUUCUAUAGCCCAGGCCGUCAUGGCCACCAGAGCGCUCUGACCCAUUCAGGCCACCAGAGCCUCCUGGGUCAUCCUGUGUACUUGGGCCACCAGAGUCAUCCAGGCUACAUGAUCCACCAGGCCCUUCCAGGCCACUCCAGCCACCAGGGCCAUUUGGGUCACUCAAGCCACCAGGGUCACUCAGGCUACUCGAGCCAUCAGGGCCAUUCGAGUCAUCAUAGCCACCAGAGUCAUAGCCUGCCCACCCGCAGCCACCAAGCCUAUGACUCUUGAAGCUACAUAACUACACGCAUCCCUUCCCCAGCAGGGCUGGCCCGCAGGACUGUUUUCUCUCCUGUGGGGGAACCUCUGGGACCCAGGGCAGGAGGCUGUGCCCAAAUCUCUUCUUCCUCAGGCCCCUCAUGACAGGAGUCAUGGAUGGGGGUCUACCAUCAUGUAGCCCCUUCCAGAGGGACAGCUGAGAGGAAGUGAGUCAGCCAUGACAGACCCGGACCCAUGAACACCCACCAAGAGAAGACAGACGAGGCAGAUCCUGGGAGCAGACAAGAGCCCCACAUUGAUGCCAAACGCCUGGAACGGAGCCAAUAAAGCCUUGCAUCCCUCACUCGGAGUCCAGGGCUUUUGUGGGCAUGGUAGGAAAGGGUCUUUCUUCCGACAGCCUUCCCAGUGGUCUGUAACCUGAAU